AUGGAAAGCCAAGUCCAGUGCGAUGUCACAUGGUUCCAAGAUGCGAAGGUGCUCGAAGUUCUCGACAACACUGAGGAGAUUAUAGGUGUCGAAAAGGUGUUUCACUCACGGUGGGCGCUCUCAUCACGGCUCAAUGUUGUGCAGAAAGACAAGAGCCAGAGAAGCUACUUCAUCAAGAAAUCGCGCGGCCAUCACGGACGUGAAGCACUGAGGGGCGAGUACGAAUCGACCCUGGCCGUCUACACUAUCACCCCUGACUUUUGUUCAAAGCCAGCCGGUUGGGGGACGUUCGCAUCAGACCCUUGUUUCCACUUCUAUCUAUGCGAGUUCAUUGAAUUACGUCCAGGAUUACCUGCACCCUUGAAUUUCUGUGAGAAGCUUGCCAGAUUGCACUCAUUUAGUACAUCCUCAAACGGCAUGCUCGGGUUUCAUGUCACCACCUACAACGGGUACUUGCCCCAAGACAACACAUGGUGCGAUAGCUGGGAGGGUUUCUUCGCUAAUGCCCUAAGGCAUGUAUUGAAUGUGCGUCAAGAACGAGCUGGACCCUGCGCCGAAUUGGAUGAGCUGCUACCGGUUAUGUUCGAGAAGGUCAUUCCCAGACUUCUCCGUCCUUUAGAGACAGGAGGAAAUACGAUCAAACCUUCACUGGUUCACGGCGACCUUUGGUGCGGCAAUGCUGCCAUCAUAGCCAAGAACAAAGGAGAUUCGGUCGUGUAUGAUCCCGCCAGCUUCUGGGCUCAUAAUGAGUACGAGCUGGGCAACUGGCGACCAAAGCGGAACAAAUUCUCUGAGGACUACUUCGAUGCCUACCAUGACUUUUUCCCUGAAGCAGCGCCAAAGGAAGAUGCGGAUGAUAGAAAUGCUCUUUACGCCAUGCGUUUCAAUCUCAACGCGGCUACACUGUUCCCUACCGACACGACAUAUCUAGACAUGGUCAUGGAUGAGAUGAGAAUAUUGAUCCCGAAAUUUCCUGAAGGAUAUGUGGCUAAAGUGGACGGGCUGGCGGUUAUUGUGACGACUGUUGCAGCGACCCACAAUGACAAGAGCGGUUUGCAAGCGUUGAUAGGAAGGAUGACCCAUCCCAGCGUGCCCAGUCCUUGGGGGCCAGAGUCCGACGUCGUAUUACACAUCGGCCACAGUAGCCCCGAAGCACCGAACCCGGAGCCGCAAGGCGAAGAAGUUGGAAAUGGGGGUCGUAAUGUUAACCGUAUUUGCUUGAUGCUUCUUCAUGAUCCCAUCUUGUGUCAUCCAGAACUAUCCCACGAUGACAUUGGCUCAAUACGGUACACUGAACAACGAGUGAAAGAAGCUGUCAAGCUAGCACUCAGGCUUGGCUAUCGGCAUAUCGACGGGGCCUCGGCUUAUGGCAACGAGAAGGAGAUCGGACAAUCAAUCCGAGAAAGUCCCGUAGCCAGGGAAGAGCUAUUCGUCACGUCAAAGCUCGCACAAACGUGGCAUUCACCAUCCGUGGUUGCACAGGCCCUCGACGAGACACUUGCAGACCUUCAGCUUGACUAUGUCCCACACGCUUAUCAAAGUGACGAAAACCACAACACAGUCCGACACUCCAGCGGCAACGGAAAACCAGCCAUCGACUAUGAGUUGUCGAGGAACUACGCUGCCACUUGGGAGGCGAUGGAGGCUCUGGUCGACAGCGGAAAAGCGAAGGCAAUUGGUGUCUCUAACUUCAAUGUACUGAAGCUGAGAAAGCCCAUUGCGACAGCACGCAUCAUCCCAGCAGUGAACCAAGUCGAAUUACAUCCUUACCUUCCUCAGACCGACCUCGUCAACUUCUGUCAGGAUAAUGGGGUCACUGUGACGGCCCGCGCUGUAGGCGUUCUGUCCACCGCAGUGACAGCCACAACUCCUUAUCGUCCCAGCGUGCCAGCCGACCCUUUUCUAGCCAAGCAGCUGCCGCGCGCGUCAAGAUCGAUGCGGACACGGCGUGUGCAGACGCUGAAGGCGCAACUAAAGCAAGGAAUGUCCAGCUGGCAGCCUGGGUUGAGUGCGGUAUUCUCUCACUCUACCCUAUCCCCGAACCUCAGACCCCAACAACACGGACUGGGUGACCGGCUACAACCAAACCUACCACCCCAGCCUCCGCGACUCCUUCAACGGCACGCGCUACAACUACGACUCGUUCCGAACCAUGUACACGGGCCUCGGGGCCUCAGGGCCGCCAUUGGCGCCCACUAUGCCGAGUUCCAGCAGUGGCGGGAUUACUACGUCGCCUUGCCCGACUCCUGGGACGCCACGAGCCGCGGCGGUGUUGUGAACACGCAGGGGUUCAAUGGGGGAGUUUUGAAGAGCGGGGUGACGUCGCAGGCGCCUGUUGGUGGCUAUUUCCUCGUCGAGGAGAUUGAUAAUAGGAGGUGGAUCACCGAGAUUAGGCAGCAAAACACGCUGCCGAGCUCGGUGCAGUUGCCGAAGCAGGGUGAUUUCUGGCCUUGUGAUGCGGACAGUCCCGACCAACAACGGGGCGCGGCCUCCAAACUCAUCCUACGAAGCGUCAGCGCCGGCAACGUGGUGCUCAUGCUGAUGCACUCCUACGGCGGCGCCGUCGGCACAGCCGCGGUCGAGAGCCUGACGCGCCAGGGCCGGGCAGCCCAGGGCCAGCCCGGCGGCGUCGUGCACCUGUUCUACCUGUGCGCGUACCUCCUGGCCGCGGGCCAGAGCAUCCGGAAGAUCAUCGCGCGGUCCGGGCUGUGGGGCAGAGCACGCCGCUCGCAGGACCUGGAUCCGGAGGACCAGCUCGAGCAGAAUAACCUGAUCGUGCCGCAUCAUAUGGCGUGUGCCUCUGGCGAGGCGGUUCAUGAAGGGGUGGAGGCACAUCCCGAGCACAUAAGUUAUGUGCGCACUACCGAGAAUCGGUGCGUGCCGCCACAGUAUCAGGAUAUAUUCACGGAGAAUGUGAGGGAGGCUGGGGCGACUGUUGCUGUGGAGGUGUUAGAAUGCGGUCACUCCGCGUAUGCUAAGCACCCGAAUGGGGUGGCGGACUUGGUUGUCAUAGCGUGUAGCUCUUCAUGA